AUGGCUAUCCUCGACAUUACCAAGGAUUUGCCCACACUCUUUAAGCGGCAGGUGAAGGCAACCCCAGAUGCUAUCGCCCUGGAAGAUGAGACCACGACAUACACAUAUACCCAGCUGGAUCAAGAAGUUGAGACUCUUGCCAGUCGCCUACGAACCUAUGGAGUGAGCCGCGACACCCUCGUGGGUGUGCUCCUUCCUCGCAGCGCACAUUACGUGAUUGCCUGUCUAGCAGUGCUCCGUGCGGGCGGUGCCUUCCUUGUUCUCGAAUUGGCUUACCCCGCGGACCUCUUGGCGGAUGUCAUCGAGGAUGCUAGCCCCGCCGUGAUUAUCACCCACAAGUCUGAAGCCGACAAAAUCAAAGCGCCGGUGCCGCUAAUUGCCUUGGAUUCGCCCGUUGCCGAUAUCAAUGGACACGCCAAGGAACCUUCUCCGUUGCCGGCAGAUGACGAUUUGGACCGCUUGGCGUUUGUGUCUUAUUCGUCAGGAACAACGGGAAAGCCAAAGGGAAUCGCCAAUCCACACCGCGCCCCGGUACUAUCAUACGAUCUGAGAUUUGCAGUGCAGGAUGUACAGCCAGGGGAUCGGGUGGCCUGUAAUGUCUUCUUCAUCUGGGAGAUGUUGCGGCCGCUACUACGGGGAGCUACGGUGGUCAUCGUACCCGACGAAACGAGCUAUGACCCCGCGGCUCUGGUUGACCUGCUGUCGGCUAAGAAGGUCACCGAAACGCUCAUGACUCCCACUCUUCUGGCUACCGUUCUUUCACGUUAUCCCCGAUUCGGUACUCGUGUGCCUGAUUUGCGCAUUAUUUGGCUGAACGGCGAAGUGGUGACAACUGAUCUUGCCCGCAAGGCCAUCAAAAUUCUUCCCAAUACCCGCUUGCUCAACUGCUACAGUGCGUGUGAAACGCAUGAGAUUGCCUGCGGAGAUAUCCGUGAUAUGGUUGAUGGCGACUCUAUUUACUGUCCAGUCGGCCCAUCGAUUGUUCCUUCACACACCUACGUUCUCAACGAGGAUGGACAGGAGGUAGAGGAAGGCACAUCGGGAGAACUCUUCAUAGGUGGUCCUCUGUUGGCUCGGGAAUACAUCAACCUCCCCGAGACCACCGCCAAGGCUUUCGCUCCGGACACCUUUGAUUCUACACCCGGUGCUCGUAUGUACAGAACGGGCGAUCUAGCCCGCAAGCUGCCUUCUGGGUUCCUUGAAAUCACCGGCCGCGUCGGCGCAAUGAUUAAGCUACGCGGAUAUUCCGUUGUGCCGGCAAAGGUCGAAAGUGACAUCUGCCAGUACUUGGCCGUCAGUCAGUGCGUGGUCACUGCGUACGGCGAUGGACUGGAGCGACAACUGGUCGCAUAUGUUGUCCCCGAUAAAGAGGCUGCCUCCGAUCGCCCUUCGGUCGUGAUCAACGAGUCCGGCCACAGCCCCAGCGCGCGUCGUGUCCUUGAGAACCGUCUUGCGCAAUACAUGAUCCCAGCUCUCUGGGUUGCACUGGAUCAGUUGCCUACUAACGAGGUCUCCGGCAAAGUCGACAUGAAGAACCUCCCUUCACCUCGUAGCUCCAGCCCUAAUGGCAGUGAGCAAAGCGCUGGGAAGGACCCGAUUGGUCUCAGUGACAUUGCGGCAAUCUGGGAGGCUGUUCUGAAAGUCUCAAAGAGCCUGCUCAAGGCCGAAGAUAAUUUUUUCGAUUUGGGCGGACAUUCUUUGUCUCUGGCAGAUCUGUCAUCCAAGCUUUCCAGACGUUUCGGCUUCCGUGUUCCUAUUCCUCGUCUCGCAGAGAACACUACUCUUUCCGGGCACUUGGAGACUGUGCGUGCUGUCAGAGAUGGCCACACCGCAGAAGUACAAGCAAAUCUGCCGGCAGUCUUGCUUUCCGAUGCCACACUGGACGAGGACAUUAAGCCCACAAAUACCGCGAUCACUUCAAUCGCCUCGGCCGACACCGUGCUUUUGACUGGUGUGACCGGUUUCCUGGGCGCUUUCUUGCUCAAUGAUUUGAUUGAGAGCACCUCGGCCAAGAUCAUCUGUCUUGUGCGUUUCAGCGACCCCGAGCAGGAUGAUCAAGCCGGAGGUGUCGCUCGAAUCCGUAGGAACCUCCUAGACAUGGGACUCUGGCGCGAUUCUAUUCUGGAGCGCCUCGAAAUCCUACCAGGUAAUCUUUCUCGGCCUCGACUUGGUCUGGGUCCGGAAGAAUUCGAAAACAUCGCGGCUCGUGUCCAGGUGAUUGUGCAUGCUGCGGCCACCGUCAACCUUGUUUACCCCUACGCUGCACUCAGGGGAGCAAACGUGGGUGGAACCAGAGAGAUCCUUCGUCUGGCCGCCAAGGGUGGCGCGACCGUGCAGUAUGUCUCUACCAAUGGUGUCUUGCCAUCAUCUGGUCAGAAUGGCUGGCCCGAAACUACCACUCUAGAUGUGGAAGAUGUCCCUAAAAAGCUGCUCGAUGGCUAUGGUCAGACAAAGUGGGUUGCGGAGCAGCUCGUUCUCAAGGCAGGUGAGCGUGGAUUGCCAGUCAAGAUUCACCGAUGUGGUACAAUCAGUGGUCACAGUGUCACAGGUUCCGCCAAUGCGUGGGAUUUGCUCACUGCAUUGAUCGUGGAAUCCAUCCAGCUUGGGUACGCCCCAGACGUGGAAGGAUGGCGUGCCGAGAUGACCCCUGUGAACUUUGUCAGCAAAUCUAUUGUCCAUCUUGCCACUCAGACUCAGACAGACCAAACGGUGUUCCAUCUCGGAGAUCCUACGCCGGUCGAUACUCGAUCGGUCUUUGAGGACCUCAAAGAGCUUGGUUAUGACACACAACCUCUUCCAUGGGAUGAGUGGGUCGCUCUGUGGUUCGAGAAGAGAGGCUCAUCCAAGGGUGGCGAUGGUUCGUUUACCGUCGACAUUCUUCGCAGUGGCAUGCCAACUGUUGAGUUCCUCCGAGACAUCGUGGUCCUUGAUAACGCUUUGACCAGGCCUUUCCGGGCCGUUGUCGAGCGUCCCAAGGUGGACAGUCUGUUGCUGGAGACCUACACUCGGCAUUGGUUUGCUCGAGGAUGGCUACCCCGGGCACCAUCUCGUCAGCAUGCCCUCAACCGGCCUACAGAGGUUGCGAAGGGGCCACUCAGCGGCCAAGUCGCUGUGGUGACUGGUGCUUCUUCGGGCAUUGGUGCGGCGGUAGCAGCCGCCCUAGCCAAACAGGGUUGUGCUGUAGCCCUUGGCGCUCGACGCCUGGAUGCUCUCGAGAGCACCAAGCGCAAGGUUGAAGCUCACGGCGUCAAGUGUAUCCUCCGAUCAACUGACGUCACAAGCAAGACUCAAGUGGACACUCUCGUCCAAGCAGCAAGUGAGGAGCUCGGUCCAGUCGACAUCUUGGUUGCAUGCGCUGGUGUUAUGUACUUCACCAUGAUGGCAAACACACAGAUGGACGAGUGGGAGCGCACAGUCGAUGUCAACUGCAAGGGUCUCUUGCACGCUCUCUCUUCAACGGUUCCUGGUAUGCUCUCGCGCGGCCGCGGCCAUGUCGUCGCCAUCUCCUCCGACGCCGGACGUAAGGUCUUCCCUGGUCUCGGUGUGUACUCGGCAAGCAAGUUCUUCGUCGAGGCCACCCUCCAAGCCCUUCGCCUCGAGACCGCAGGUGCCGGCUUGCGUGUGACGAGUAUCCAGCCCGGCAACACUUCCACAGACCUGCUGGGCAUGUCGACGGAUACUGAAGCCGUCAAGAAAUAUGGAGAGCCAUCCGGAGCGAAGAUCCUCGAUCCAUCCGAUGUUGCCAACUCCAUUGUUUACGCCCUAACUCAACCUGAGCAUGUCUCUCUCAAUGAGAUCCUUGUUGAGCCUCGUGAUGAGCCUAUUUAA